AGCGCAAAAGUUAUACACAUUUUAUAAACCUUCUCUCCUACUUUCAAACCCAACCCAAUCUCAACCAUUGAUUUUCUCUCUCUUGUUUUGUAUCUUUCACUUUCUCUUCUCUGGUUCCGAUUUAGGGCACCCGAACUUGGUCUUUGACUCAGAACUAGCUCUGAUCUGCUUCUCAGGUUGUUAAGGAAACACUUCUCAUAUUGUUCUGAGGACUUUGAAUACAAAGGAGGACCAUUUUCAGCAAGGGAUGAUUUUUGGCUUGACAUUUUGAAAUUCAUGCCAUGUCGGGGUUACUUAAUUCUUCUCUGAAUGGAUCUGCUUCAAAUCUUCCAGAUGGUGCCNGACGAUCUUUUGCGACAUCGUUUUCUGGUCAGUCUGGUGCAGCCUCCCCAAUUUUUCAUCACACUGGAGCUAUUCAAGGAUUGCACAAUAUUCAUGGGAGCUUUAAUGUUCCCAACAUGCCCGGUUCACUCACAUCGAGAAAUUCAACUAUAAAUAAUGUGCCAUCUGGUGGUGUUCAACAUUCCACUGGAAGCCUUUCUAGUGGAAGAUUUACAUCCAACAAUCUACCAGUUGCAUUGUCUCAGCUAUCUCAUGGAAGCUCCCACGGACAUUCAGGAGUCACCAAUAGAGGAGGUAUAAGUGUUGUAGGAAACCCUGGAUUUAGUAGUAGCACAAAUGGAGUUGGUGGUUCUAUUCCUGGGAUUCUUCCUACAUCUGGUGCAAUUGGUAACCGAAAUGCUGUUCCAGGAUUGGGAGUAUCCCCAAUUUUGGGAAAUGCAGGUCCUAGAAUCACUAGUUCUGUGGGAAACAUGGUUGGAGGGAAUAUCGGAAGGACUGGUGGAGGAUUGUCUGUGCCUGCUCUUGCAUCUCGUCUAAAUUUGGGUGCAAACAGUGGAUCCAGUGGUUUAGGUAUGCAAGGACAGAAUCGAUUAAUGAGUGGUGUGCUUCCACAAGGAUCUCCACAGGUAAUUUCAAUGCUAGGAAAUUCUUAUCCCAGCGCUGGAGGUCCACUUUCCCAAAGCCAUGUGCAAGCAGUAAGUAACUUGAACUCUAUGGGAAUGCUGAAUGAUGUGAAUACCAAUGACAGCUCCCCUUUUGAUAUCAAUGACUUCCCUCAACUGACAAGUCGUCCAAGUUCUGCUGGAGGGCCUCAAGGACAGUUGGGUUCUUUACGAAAACAGGGUCUUGGCGUCAGUCCCAUUGUUCAACAAAACCAAGAGUUUAGCAUUCAGAAUGAAGAUUUCCCAGCUUUACCAGGAUUCAAAGGCGGUAAUGCAGAUUAUGCUAUGGAUAUGCACCAGAAAGAACAACUUCAUGACAAUGCUGUACCAAUGAUGCAAUCACAGCAUUUCUCUAUGGGAAGGUCAGCUGGUUUCAGCUUGGGGGGUACAUAUUCGUCACAUCGAGCACAACAGCAACAGCAUGCUCCUUCUGUCAGUAGUGGCAAUGUCUCUUUNUCAUCUGUUAACAACCAGGAUCUUCUCCAUUUGCAUGGAUCAGAUAUUUUCCCUUCUCCACAUUCAACCUAUCAUUCACAGACCAGUGGACCUCCUGGUAUUGGAUUAAGGCCUUUAAAUUCUCCGAAUACAGUUUCUGGUAUGGGUUCAUACGACCAGCUUAUUCAGCAAUAUCAACAGCAUCAAAACCAGUCGCAGUUCCGCCUACAAAUGUCAGCUGUAAAUCAAUCUUUUAGGGAUCAGGGCAUGAAGUCUAUUCAAACCACACAACCAGAUCCAUUUGGUUUGCUUGGCUUGUUAAGUGUGAUCAGGAUGAGUGAUCCUGACCUGACGUCUCUUGCUCUUGGAAUUGAUCUAACUACCUUGGGGUUAAAUUUGAAUUCAUCAGAAAAUCUUCACAAGACCUUUGGUUCUCCAUGGUCUGAUGAACCUGCUAAGGGCGAUCCAGAGUUUAAUGUGCCANAAUGUUAUUAUGCUAAACAGCCACCUNCUCUACAUCAAGGAUACUUUUCAAAGUUUUCGGUGGAAACAUUGUUUUACAUAUUUUACAGCAUGCCCAAAGAUGAAGCACAAUUAUAUGCCUCCAAUGAGCUUUACAACAGAGGUUGGUUUUAUCACAAGGAACAUCGUUUGUGGUUUAUAAGAGUUCCCAACAUGGAGCCGCUGGUUAAAACAAACACAUACGAGAGGGGAUCUUACCACUGUUUCGAACCAAGCAUAUUUGAAACCGUCCGCAAGGAUAAUUUUGUUCUUCAUUAUGAAAUGUUGGAAAAGAGACCCCAUCUGCCUCAACAUUGAGGAGGAAACAAAAACUUUAUUGUAAAGUUUCAUUUUGGAUUUAAUGCCUUGGAGUCAUUUUGCAGCAUUAGUAUUCUUCAGUUUGGCGCCUCUUCCAAUCCUGUCGCUUUAGUAAUCCAAGCUGUUAUCAUUAUUAUUAUUAUUAUUACUAUUAUUAUUUUUUUUGGCUUA